UGGUAAGAAUUACUUUGGGCGAAAUAGACGUGCCUUUAUCGUGGCCCAUGUAUUAGGGUUAGGGUUUUUCGCUCAAAUAGACAAGUUUUUUCUUUAAUUCGUUCUGGAAAAUCAGCGGCGGUAGGAGACGCCUUGGGUAGCAGGGGAAAUCAGCGCAGGAGGCGGCAAUUUGGGUAGCAGGCGAGAAUGAAGUACAAUCCGAGAGUCAGUAGUUCCAGGCGGAAGAGUCGCAAGGCUCAUUUUACAGCUCCCUCCAGUGUGAGGCGUGUUUUGAUGAGUGCACCACUUUCCACUGACCUAAGAAACAAGUAUAAUGUUCGUUCUGUUCCAAUCAGAAAGGAUGACGAAGUUCAGGUUGUAAGAGGGACCUUCAAGGGAAGGGAGGGGAAGGUGGUUCAAGUUUAUCGCAGGAAGUGGGUCAUCCAUAUUGAACGCAUCACCCGAGAGAAAGUCAAUGGUCAGACUGUGAAUGUUGGCGUCCACCCAUCCAAGGUUGUGGUGACAAAGUUGAAGCUAGAUAAGGAUAGAAAGGCUCUUCUAGAGAGGAAAGCUAAGGGCAGAGCUGCUGAGAAAGGAAAGGGCAAAUUCACAGCAGAGGAUGUUGCUCAACCUCUACAGGAUGUUGAUUAGAUUAUGUCUUAUUUGUAGUCGGAAGGUGUGAGAUUUUGUGCCGAACAGGGUUGAAAUUUUCCCUAACUGUUGUUUUGGUUAUAAAUAUUAUUUAAUUUGAUCAGAUCACACCGUUUUAGCAUUUAAUUGUGCUCCUAUUGUUUCCUUACUUGAGAGUCUGUAUGUUGCAAUUGACAAGAUGGGAAUAUUGAGUUACACAUUUCCAUAUUUCUAAUGGAUCCUUUUUUUGAAAAGAAUGUGGCACUACUUCAAAAUAAUUUAAGGUUUUUGAUUUAGGUA